UUUUCCUUUUAACCACUACCCCUUCUACUUUUCCCUUCUUUGCCGGGACAGUCAUUGAGAUCUCGUGCACUGCAACAAACCUCACUCCCUUACAAUUACUUCACUAAUCACGCUAAUAAUCACUGCAAAACACAACUCAACCACCAAUUAACAACAACAAAAAAAGCCUAAUUAUAUAUUACCGUUUUAAUUUUCUUAAAAAAAAACAUAAAAGAAGAAAAAUGAUGAAAAGGGAAAAGAAACCGAACCAUGAUGAUAAUUAACACACCACGUGCAAUUUACUUUAUUUUCACCUUGUUCUUUCUUCAGCGUCGUAACCGUUAUAACCUUUAUUACAAUUUACACCAUUCACCUAAACUAGCUUUGAGAAAAGUAAAAGAAAACAAUGAAGAGACAAAGCAGCACCGUGUCUCCGUCGUCGUCACGGCGAGAAAACACGCCGGAGAAAAUCCACGUCAAGACUAUCGGCUGCAUGUCCGGCAUUCUCCACCUCAUUUCCAAUUCUAAUUCCCGUCAUCAUCGCCGAUUUCUCACAUUCGGAAAGAAACAGUCUAAGAAUCACGGUGGUUCCAUUUCUGCCGCCACGGUCAAUCCUCAACCAGAAAAAACAAAGGAGAAGAAGAGCAAUGAAGUAUCCACCGUUGGAAAUCUGAAAUCAUCGUGCGAGGUUCCGAGGAGUCCGACUUUACCGGCGGAGAUUCGCCGGAAGUCUGUGGAGAAUAAUCGGGAGGGACCGGCGUUAGUGGCGAGGCUGAUGGGAUUAGAGGCGCUUCCGUCAUCGCCGGAAUCAGUGGUGGAGAAGAGACAGAAGCUGUUGGGAGCGUUGCAGAGAUGUGACGACGAUCUGAAAGCGCUGAAGAAAAUCAUCGAUGCAGUUCAGACUCCUGACGCGGCACCGUCACCGAAGGCGGUAGUGGUUAAGCGGACGGUUUGUGAGGUGAAGUGUUCGGUGGUUAACGGUGAGCAGCAGCAGCCGAGUCCUGUGUCUGUUCUAGACGAGUUCACUCGUUCGCCACUCAGUUCUAACUGCCACUCGGGACGACAUUCAUUUGCACGAAUACAACAAACGAAGCAGCAGUUACUGAAGAAGCCAGGAGAAGAAGAAAUCAGCAGCACAUUAUAUAUGCACGAGAGAAUACCAUACGAGUUGGUAAUUAAUAAGAAAGUGAAUGAGGAAGAUCGAUCAAUAAUGUGUAGUAGUAAAGGCAUGAUCAGAACUGUAGAGGAGGUAUGUAGAGACGUUGCUUGGGGAGAAAAUAGAGAGGUUGGAAGAAUAGGAUUGGCUUUGCAAGACUGUAUCUGCAGAGAUUUGGUUGAUGAGAUUGUUAGAGAAUUAGGAUGCUUGUAUACUUUGCCAUUUGAGGCAUGUAAGAGAAGACUCUGCUUCUAAACUAUAUAUGAUCAACAUUAUUCUGUUAUUUUUUUGGUUAUGUUGAUUUUGUGAUUGUUUGUUUGGUUUUUUAAUCGUAUAUGUUAGUAUGUGAUUUCCUUAAACUUAUAUCUGUCUUGAUUUAGCAUGUUAUUCGUUCCAUAUAAUCUACAAUCAAUUUAUUUAUUAACCUUGCUAGAAAUUUCAUUAAUGGUAAUUUGUACGUAUUCUUUUAUAGUCACGGUGUUAUAAACUUUGGAAAA